UGAACAAGGAUAGAAGUUGCUCGUAGGGCUAUCGGUGGGGUUUAAGCAGUUGGUUCUGAUAGAAUGUGAUCAGCGGUAACAUUCCAAUCUAUGUGUGUGGGUUCCAUAGAUAAGCUGAGAGCUGCUACCUGGAGCAGUACUGGCGGAGGAAGGUGAUAAUCAUAUUAUUCAUUAUACCCAGAACAAAAGCAAUGGCUGUCUCAAAUCCUAUAAACAUGAUGCCAAGGACCCAACCUGUUCUUUUUCCAGAAGAUGAGUUACCAAGGCCUGCUGUAAUUGGUUUAGAUGGUUGUCGUGGGUCACAUGCAAGCAGUGCCGCAGCUAUCAAAGACAUUCUUGCUUCUGUCUUAAACCUUCCGAGUAAUAUGAAAUCCAAAUUAUCCACCAAUAUGGAAUUUCAAGACAGUGAUCUAGAUAAUUUGGAUUGCAGCAGUAAUAGUGAUUCUGAUACGGAAAGUUCUAGCUGUGUUCGAAUAAUCUCUGGGCCUUUAGAUGACAUUCGGUUUAACAGGCCCACAGCAUGCUGGGAUAAUUCACAAAUGGACUCUCCGACAUCUUCCACCUUGGAAUUACUUCCUCUCUCACCCCGAGUUCCCAUUCUAAGUUUUCAAAAUGAUGUAACCGAACCAGAGCCUCAGCCUUCUACUUUACUUAAAUGUGGGGCUUGCACAACUUUCCAGUUGUCUGAAGAAGGCUUUCCAUCACAAAUGAAUGUUCCACUUCAGAUGGGUAUACAAUGGGAGAAUCGGAGAUUUUCCUCACCUAAUCUUUCAAGUCCUAUUCCUAAUCUUGAUCAAAGCACUCUGAAUUUGACGUUUGAUGUACAAUCUUUGCCAAUAAAUAACAAAACAAAAGAACUAGAAAAAUGCGAUGUCGAAGAUCACAAAUUAUCCCAUCGGAGAUCACAAUCCUAUUCCAGUCUUCUCACAGCUUCAAAUCAGAUCUUGGCUUCAAGAGCGGAGACGUUACAUCCCUUAACAGAAAAUUUAUUUGAACCAACUGUGAAUUUGGAGAAUGAAAAUGAACACUUCUUGGUGGCAGAUAUGUUUAUAGCUGCAGUUGAAAAGAUUAAAAGCAAUUUGGCAUACGAGCAGUGGAAAGUAGCUAGCAGCCAAGCUCCAUACUGGAUUACAAAAAAACCCAAAGACGUUUACUUUCACAGGAAAAAAUGUAUCUCCGAAUCUACAAUCUCCAUUGAUAGUGGCUAUGGAGCACAACAGAGUUCUCUUCCUGCAACUCCCAUAUUAGAAGAAAAAACAGAGAUCUUAAAAAGUGAUGAACCCUGUGAAGAUUAUUAUGAUGAUGAAUUUGUAAUUAUUGAGUUGGAGGACUAUGAGAAACUCUGCACACCUGCUUCCAAACUCCUUGAUAACACACCAGAGAACCCUGAACCCGGUUUUAACUCUGCUCAACAAACUGCCAAGAAGCUGUACAGAGUAUUGAGACGGCAAUGGCAACAAAUGGAAGAGGACACUCCAGAUGCUGCCUCACCUAAUCACUGUAUUAAGAGACCGCUAAUGAGUAAAGACACCAUUCCUGAGGAAUUUGAGUCAAGUUUGAAUUUGGAAGAGGAAAUUAAAAAAUUCAAGUUGAGAGAAGUGAACGAGUGGAGUCCCCCUCGCUUUCAAAUUCUAAACACUAUUCAUCCCUAUAACAAGAGGGAUUUUGUUGUGGCGUCACAGAAUUAUUUGUGUGCUGGCUGUGGAACAAAAGUUGAGCCAAGUUAUACAAACAGAUUGCGGUAUUGUGAUUAUCUAGGAAAGUAUUUUUGUGACUGCUGUCACUGCUAUGCUGAGAGUUCCAUUCCUGCUCGGAUUAUCCUGAAAUGGAACUUUAGUAGAUAUUAUGUCAGCAACUUUUCUAAAAAUCUGCUGGAGAAUAUAUGGGAAAACCACAAAUUCAACGUCCAAUGUGAAAACCCGGACUUGUACAGGAAAGUGAGAGAGCUGAACCGUGUCAAGGAUGUCCAAGAACAGUUGAUUCAAUUAAAGAGAUUUCUGCUCACAUGUAGAUUUGCGGACAGAAUUGGUGUAUUAAAGAUGUUUGAGGAAGUGCCAAUACACCUGACUGAAGAACUGCAUCAAUUUACAUUAAGUGACCUAAUAAAAGUGAAGCAGGGUUUGCUUUUGCCUGCCUUACGCCAGAUCCUCGCCAGUGGCAUAGCUCAUGUGGAGAUCUGUGAGCUGUGUCAAGCCAAUGGUUUUAUAUGUGAAUUUUGUCAGGGUGAUGACAUCCUCUUCCCCUUCCAGUCUGAAAAAUGUGCAAGAUGUGACGGUUGUAAAGCAUGUUAUCACAAGAAAUGUUUCAAGGCCAAAGAUUGCCCGAAAUGUCGCCGGAUUGAAGCACGCAAAGCCCUUCUUACAUGUGAAUCUCCUGCUGCAUCAUGUAGCCAACUUGACUCGAGCCCACAGUGUUAA